CCCUGACGGUUUCUACUGCACUGAACUACUUCGUCGCCUUUCAAUAAAGGCACUACAUUUCUUUAACACGUGCAGCAUGGCGGCUAUAUUUGGAAAGAUUCUCAUCGGCAUCUAUGUGGAAAUCAAAAGGAGCGACGGGAAACCAGCUGAUCUCUACAAUUUUACAGAUCCAGACUGGGCUCCAACACAAAAUAUGGGCCACAACAAAAUCAAAGAUGGUACUAAAGAGGUAGCUCGAAUUGCUAGGCUUACAGAGCGCAGAAAGAAAUGCAAAAUUAUCGAAGAAUCUUCCCAAACGAUCACAGAGUCAAUUGAACAAGAUUCAUGUCAGUCCACUACCUCAAAUACUGCAGCCUCCUCACUCGGACGAAUACACCAGGCCAUGGUCACGUCGCUCAAUGAAGACAACGAAAGCGUCACUGUGGAAUGGAUUGAAAACGGAGACACAAAAGGCAAAGAGAUCGACCUGGAGAGCAUCUUUUCACUAAAUCCAGACCUUGCGCCCGAUGAAGAGAUCGCACAAAGUCCAGAGACUCCGCCUCCUCCGGUGUCAAGUUCUAUUAAAGUUAACAAGAUCCCCACAAAUAAGAAUCGCCGCACGGUUGCACCACCUAAAAAUGAAACGCCCGCGAGGGAUAACCGAGCCAUGGGUACGACGAGAGCACGGCCCAGCCAGCAGAUAGAACAAGCUCCUAGUGCUCCAGCUCCUCCUCCUAUCCAGCACCAGACACUGCAGCAGAAUGCUCGCAGGAAGUCAAACUGUGUGAAGGAGGUGGAGAAACUGCAGGAGAAGAGGGAGAGGAGGCGCAUGCAGCAGCAGGAGCUCCGGGAGAAGCGAGCACAGGAUAUAGAUGCAUCAACCCCUAAUUAUGAAAUUAUGUGCAUGAUCCGGGACUUCAGAGCCAGUCUGGACUACAGGCCACUGACUACUGCUGAUCUGAUUGAAGAGCACAGGAUAUGUGUGUGUGUCCGGGCACGGCCACUGAAUAAAAAAGAGAUGAGCUUGAAGGACUUGGAUGUCAUCACCAUCCCCAGUAAAGAUGUCGUCAUGGUCCAUGAACCCAAACAAAAAGUAGACUUAACGAGAUACCUCGAGAACCAGACCUUUCGCUUUGAUUACGCCUUCGAUGAUACUGCCACAAACGAAAUGGUUUACAGGUUUACCGCCCGGCCGCUCGUCGAGACCAUAUUCGAGAGGGGGAUGGCUACGUGCUUUGCAUACGGACAAACAGGAAGCGGUAAAACUCAUACGAUGGGUGGAGACUUUUCUGGGAAAAAUCAGGAUUGCUCAAAAGGGAUCUAUGCACUGGCAGCACGGGAUGUUUUUCUCAUGCUAAAGAAGCCAAACUACAAGAAGUUAGACCUCCAAGUUUACGCCACGUUCUUUGAAAUUUACAGUGGAAAGGUGUUUGACCUGCUGAACAGAAAGGCGAAGCUGCGAGUUCUGGAGGACGGCAAGCAGCAGGUGCAGGUUGUAGGACUGCAGGAACGAGAGGUUCAUUGCACUGAGGACGUCCUCAAACUCAUAGAAGUGGGAAAUAGCUGCAGGACAUCUGGACAGACUUCAGCCAAUGCACACUCCUCUCGCAGCCAUGCCGUUUUCCAGAUCAUUCUGCGGAGGAGAGGCAAAAUGCACGGCAAAUUCUCCCUCAUAGAUUUGGCUGGCAACGAGCGUGGGGCCGACACGUCCAGCGCCGACCGCCAGACUCGCCUCGAAGGGGCCGAGAUCAAUAAAAGCUUACUGGCUCUGAAGGAGUGCAUCAGAGCCUUGGGUCGGAACAAACCUCACACUCCAUUCCGAGCCAGUAAACUCACGCAGGUUCUGCGAGACUCCUUUAUUGGCGAGAACUCCCGAACGUGCAUGAUUGCCACCAUCUCUCCCGGCAUGGCUUCUUGUGAAAACACCUUGAAUACACUGAGAUACGCCAACAGAGUGAAGGAGUUUGGGAUAAGCCCCUCAGACAUCCCCUUCUCUCAGGGGGGGAGCGGCCGCUCUGAACUCUCUCCUACCUUCGAGUACGAUGACUUUGCUUCCUCACCCAGCAGAGUAAAGGAGCUUACUGUCGACCCGGCUGCAGUGAUGGAAAGCAGAACAGGAGGCCAUCAAGUGAGCCAGCUGGACGUGUUGGAGCCGCAGUGGGGAGUGGGCAGCUCUCCUCAGAGAGAUGAUCUCAAACUGCUGUGUGAACAGAAUGAAGAGGAGGUCUCUCCUCAGCUUUUCACCUUCCACGAGGCCGUGUCCCAGCUAGUUGAGAUGGAGGAGCAGGUUCUGGAGGACCACAGAGCUGUAUUUCAGGAGUCCAUACGCUGGCUGGAAGAUGAGAAGGUUCUCAUAGAGAUGACCGAGGAAGUGGACUAUGACGUGGACUCGUACGCAACCCAGCUCGAGCAGAUUUUGGAUCAAAAGAUUGAAAUCUUAACAGAGCUCCGAGAUAAAGUGAAGGCAUUCAGGUCUACUCUUCAGGAGGAGGAGCAAGCCAGUAAACAGAUCAACCCCAAACGGCCACGAGCCCUGUAACACCCGGCGCACGCUGAUCACAGAACCGGCAGCUCAAAGAGGAAACUGCAGAUCUCCAGGUUUUCAGCAUUUCACCCUCAUCGCUGUGGACACGAGUAACUUUCCACUUAUUGUAUGAAUUCCUUUUCCUUACAAACAAGAAGAAGCACACUUUUAAACCUAACUGUAUAGUAUUAAAAUUAAUUCUAGUUCAAAAUAAUUUUUUAAAAAUAAAAAAUACCCUACAAGUUAAAGGCCACAACGUGAUGUAAAAGAGAGACGAGAAUAACUGCAUGCACACAGUGGCUCUGAUCGUACAUGCGCAUUCCCUUACGCCUGCACUCAUCUGUGUAGAAACUACGUUUUCACGGGAUAUAGCUGCUUUUAAAACAUCUACUGACUCCUCAGUUUAUAGAACAGCGGCCCUUGAUGUGAAGCCCUCCAAAGAGUAGAGGGCAGAUAUUUUUGCUUCGAAUUGAUGGCCGGUCAGGUGCGUGUGGAUGAGUGAGCUUCACUACAAUGCAGGAUGGUGCAGAUCAGAACCUCAGCCGUGUGUUCCAAUAUGGGUUUUAAACACACCACCUUGUCGUUUUAAGGGCUAGAUCAGUACCUUGUUCGGUUUGGGAGGGCUGAGUAAUCGACUACGUGUAAUACGUUAUUCGGAACGAGCAGAAUGUUUUCUAACCGGAUGCAAACAGCUUUACAUGGCAUGCGGUUGAGACGAGAAAAUAUUGCAGCCAGUUAUGCACUCGAGUGCUGGAACUGAGCUCGAGGAACUGUAAGAGUCAGAAUUCCACUGCCAUUUCUAUAUCCCCCCCCCCAUUAUUUCCAGAGGCAUAUUGAUAGAGAUUUAAUAAAUUUAACAAAAAGCCAACAAUUUAGGUCACACCUACUAAAUCUGAAUUGCUGUUUCCUUUUCUGCACAUUUCUAAAUAAUAUUUUAAAAAGACAUGCAGGCCGGCUAUACGUGACAAUACUCUAAUUAGCAAGCACAAUUUUUGUAAUGUUUUUGGUGAGUUAUGACACCCGAUUAGCUAUUAGGCCAGUGAAAUACUAUAUAGUUGAGAGCAAAUUGUUUUCCUUAGAGUGCGCAUUGACAAGUGUGUUUUUUUAAAAAAAAAUUCAAAUGAAAGACCAUCGCCGCUGUCAUGUUCACCCUGCUGUAAUACACCCGAGAUUAAAUACCAGACUUGACCCCAUCACGCUGUCACUUAGGAAUUAGGGAAGUGUUGGUGGUUGAGACUUGGAGAGGAAAAGAAAUGAAGCAUUGUUAUAGUCCGUAUUUAAACGUGUAAACAGAGGAGUAUGAAGUGGGCAUUCUGAUUGCAGCUGUUACUGUACUUUUUUUUUGUUGUAGCCACUAUACACGGAGUCUGAUGUAUGUUUGCUGCUGUCGUUUACAGUCAGUCAAAGUGUCCUGACUUCAGCUUUUCACACACUACCUCUGCAUGGCGUGAUGUGGCACUUAAGCAACGCUGCAGCUAGAGGAAUUAUUGAAUGAAAAAUUUGCUCCCCCAUUUGGUCUUGGCUAAUUCUCAUCUGCCAGUCAGCUACCAAUGAGGGAGGGUGAAGCCAGCCAGCCAGCCAGCCGCAUCUUUUCAAACGAAACUGAUAGCAUUUCAGAUGAAAGCCCUACGCUGCAGCCACAGAUGCCUAUUAUUAUAAUGGCUGAAUUUGGAUAGAACUAUAGCAAAAAAAAAAGAAAAGCCACAGCGUCCUUAUACUGUGUUAUAAACACCAUCAGAUCAUGCUUUUACUGUACAUUGUCAGGCAAAUUUUUUAACUUGUGCAAUAUUUACUCCUAUGUGCUCAUUUGGAAACAAGGUGUCCGUGUGAAUGGGCUGUACUGCAUCACGUCACGCAGAGAGGUUUUUAUUCUCUUCCGUUACUCAUCUAAACUCAUUUGAAAGCCCUUUUUUUUUUUCAAAGAAAAGAAUAAGAAACUCUUGCGCCUGAGAAUAGCCGAUGCGGUUUAAACUUUGUGGCAUUGUGUGUGAAUGAGAGUACGUGUGAGAAUGUGCACAUCUGAUGUAUUACUGGUAUAAAGAAUAAAGUUCCCCAUAAUGACUGCA